AGGUUCCUCCCAAGAUGCCACCCGCUUCAUUCAAGUGCCUGGCAGCACUGUGUUCCUGUUAGAGCCACCAGCACAAGCACCAGACGAUGCUGAUCCAGGUGAAGGCCCCAGUGCAGCAGCAACAGCACAUGAUGGAGACGAUGAUGAGGAGGAGACCAUCUCUCUGGAUUCCAGAAGGCAUGAGGACCCAGAUGCUAUACAGUGGGAAAACCAGCCUGGCAACAUAGUGCGUAUUAAUAAAAGGACACCACAUCCUGCCAAAUUCCAGCUGCGCUAAUUGUAUUGUGUUCACAGAGCUCACAAGCUAUCAGAAAGUUGUAUGGCAACCACCUCCGGCGCCAAAUAGAACUGGCAGACAUAGACAUUCAGUACAAGAAGAAAAAGAUGGAAAAUCUUGCACUGGAGUCCGAAAUAAAAAAGAGGACAAUUAGGAAACUGGACCUUGAAAUAAAAAAACUUGAGAGGGAGCUCCAAGAAGAUGACACAGCUCAAAAUAAAAAUUAGCAAUCAGUACAACCAAGUCAUCGUUAUAAGGCAUCGCCCUCUUUUGCCCACCCCCCCCCCACCAGGUGUGGCCACUAGCCUAUAUGAAGGCCCAAAAUUGUGUGUUCCUUUCUGCUCUGACAAUGGCAUGCCCAUUCGUGCGAGAUGUGGUGGAUGAAGAAGCACUUGUGCUGAGGAGAGCCUUCAGGCGAGAAAGGGUCUUCAGGGACCGGUUGGACCCACUGGCCUUCCCUGAUGACCAUCUAUAUGAAAGAUACAGGUUUUCUGCAGAUGGCAUCAGGUAUCUAUGCAGACUACUGGGUCCCAGGAUUAAGCACCGCACUGCACGGAGCCAUGCACUGAGUGUGGAGCAAAUGGUUUGUGUGGCCUUGCGCUUUUUUGCUAGUGGAGCCUUCCUGUACUCAGUGGGGGAUGCAGAACAGCUGAACAAGGCCACAAUUUGCCGCACAAUAAGGAGUGUGUGUCUGGCUAUCAAAGCAUUAGCAGAUGUCUUCAUCUCCUUCCCUGGCCACAGAAGACUCUGUGACAUCAAAGAGGAGUUCUAUAGGAUUGCAGGUUUCCCCAAUGUCAUUGGUGCAGUGGACUGCACACACAUAAGGAUACAAGCCCCCUCAGGUGCCCAUGAGGCCGAUUUUGUGAAUAGGAAAUCCUUUCACAGCAUUAAUGUUCAGAUGGUCUGCAAUGCUGACUGUGUGAUCAGCAAUGUUGUGGCAAAAUGGCCUGGCUCAGUCCAUGACUCCAGAAUCUUUCGGGCCUCUGAAAUCUAUCACAAGGUGAAUUCUCUGGUGUGUUGCUGGGAGACAGGGGGUAUGGCUGCCAGCCUUUUCUCCUGACACCUUUCACAGACCCCCAGGAAGCACAGCAGGCCUACAACCAUGCCCAUGCCAGGACCAGGGCCAGAGUUGAAAUGACCUUUGGCCUCCUGAAGGCACGCUUUCACUGCCUUCACAAAUUAAGGGUCAGCCCUGUUAGGGCAUGUGAUAUUACUGUGGCUUGUGCUGUCCUCCACAAUGUGGCCUGCCUGAGGAAGGAGAGGGCCCCCAGAGUGCCACCAGCCAUGGACUGGGACAAUCCGGCAAUCUUCCCUGAUGACGACAGUGGUCGGCUGCUGAGGGACCAAUAUGUGUUGAAUUAUUUUAGUUAGUAUGUGUGCUUUCAAUUUUGGUUAAAUAUGUCCUGCGGUGGCAGAGGAAUUUGGG